AUACUAAGGGGGGUAAUGAUUUGCCACAACACCGGCUUUCAGUUUAGCGUAGAAGUAUCAUACGAACUAACAAUUAGCCCAACUAAUUAUUUUGGUUUGAAACAGUUUCGUAAGAAAAUAACAGUUUUGAUAUUGUGCUGAAUAUACUUUUGCAUGUUUACUAAACAAGCAAUUAGCCUACUCCUGCUUGAUAUAGAGGUACAUUUUCACCUUAUAUUCCUCCAAUACUGAAAGUAAAUUUGGGAUAUGACACACGAGUGACAUUUUAGAGCAGUUUAUAGCCAGUAUACAUUAGCGCAAGCCUAAUGAAACAGUCAUGAAUGCGCGCGCGUCAAACUGAACCACAUGAGUGCGCGCGGAGGAGCAGCGCUUAGUACAACACAGGAGCUGAAGCAACGAAAGGUCUGUGCGGAUAAAGUCCACUUGCUACAAUCUUACGGAGCUUAACGAUGGACCUUUGCGCAGACUGCAUUUGGAUUGCGGCGAGGUUCACGAUCAAGCGAGCACUCAUGCGCUCGCGCAGCACGCACUGCUGAGAUGAUGUGGGAAGAUAUGAGAGGUUACGAGGAGAAAGGGUCAAUGGUAACCUCGAGAUCGAAGAGCACACAUAAUCCGGAGAGCAGCCAGAUGGAUACUGUUGGAUACUGCUGACGUUUUCGAGCUCCAGAGCUGUGUGUGGGAAUACUGUGGAGCACUGAGGACUGUUCCCCAAUGGAAUGCAGAGAAGACAGCUCAACUGCCGCAGUGAAUGAAGUUGGUUUGUUGAUCCAUUCAGUAACGGAUGCUACUAACAGUGUAUUUCACCAAAAGAGAUAACGAAAUGUACCAGAAGACAGUAGAUCUGUGAGCAAACUCUUAUUUAUUUCAACAUCCACGAAGUGUGUUCUCGUCGACUGUUGUAAUUUAAGCACAAAAAAAGCGCACGCUCACAAUUUAUAUGAUUUUGUUUUGAUUUGUUGAACAGUUUUCCAACUGUCUUGAUCGGUAGUCGUUGUCAGCAGUCCUGAUCCGCGCGGGAUGGUCGAGACGCUGAGCAUCGCCGUCAUCGGAGCGCCUGGAGUCGGGAAAACUUCUAUCAUCCGUCAGUUUAUUUACAAUGACUUCUCUGAGACUUACACUCCCACCCAAACGAGAUACGUGUACAGACCCUCGGUCAUUCUUAACGGUGUUAUGUACGACCUGAAGAUUUUGGAUGUCCCGCCUAUUUCCUCUUUUCCUUCAAGCCCGAGUCAGGAGUGGUUGGAUGCGCGGUGUAGAGGAGUCCGCAGCGCUAACGCCUACAUUCUGGUCUAUGACAUCUGCUGUGUGGAGAGCUUUGAGUAUGUCAAGAUGAUCCGACAGCAAAUUGUGGAUAACAGAGUGGGCAGCAGCAGUGAGGUGCCCAUCCUGGUGGUAGGCAGUAAGCGGGACCUUCAGCGGCAGCGGUUCACCCAGCGCAGGGCCGUGUCAGUACUGGUGAAGAAGACCUGGAAGUGUGGUUAUGUCGAGUGCUCCGCCAAGUAUAACUGGCAUGUGCUUCUGCUCUUUAAAGAACUCCUGGGAAUAGCCGUGGCAAGAGGACUGCGCCCAAACCUCACCUCUAUCCGUCUCCAGGGGGCAUUGCAGAGGAACCGCUGUAAUAUCAUGUGACAGAUAUGUAGCCUUUUUUUAAUUUAUGCUUAUUUAGGACCAGUUUGUGUUUUCAGAGUAUUAUUUAUCUGAUUUAAACUGGUCCUAAGUCAGUAUACUUAAAGUCAACUUUGCUGAACCACAAGGAUGGAGCUUUGGGGAGAAACUGUCAAUCAAAAUGGCUGGAAUACUACCACCUAGGGGCCUCCGUAACUGAUGCAUUCUUCUGAUGGAUUACCUUAGGUACUACUGAUUUCACUUUUCUCCAGCGUACUCUUACAAACAGAAAAUUGAAAGCAGAUAAGGGUUUUUUCUUCUUACCAAAGUCUGUCAGGAUGAGAGUAAGAUUGCAUUGGUCUCAAACUGAGUAUAAUUAAUUUCCCCUUCCUGCUUUGAUUUAAAUUCAGAUGCUGUGGGUUCAGGUAUAUUCCAGAGUGGCAGUUUUUUAACUGUUGCUUGGAAACAGCUUUUAUUAAGAGAUAUACUUAGGAUUUAAGAAUAAUGAUGAGUGAACGUUUGUGAACCCUUUCAAAUGAUCUGUUAUGUUUUCUCCCAUUCCAUGUGUAGUAAUUCAUUGCUCCACCUUACAAAGACCCGGUAAAAGUGUGUAUAAUAUUCUUACAGUGUGGUUAGGGUGACAUUUUUUGUUGGAACAGCUUUCUUUUUUUAAUGGCAAAAUUUUAAUGGUUUUAAUUCUUUCUGAUGAGCUGUCCUUCCAUGCACAUCACUCCAGUUCAGUGUUUUGUCCCAUGGUGAAUAUAUGAACAAGAGAACAGAUGCCUGCAGAUCUUUGGCUGUUAUCCUGGACUUCAUUAAAUCCCUCUGAGCUAUUUCAAUAUAUUUCAAUGUAACAAUGGCAAUGAAUUCUUCUGUGGGUUCACAAUCUACCCGAGUGUGGAUUUGUGAAGGCCGUAGUCAGUAACUUAACUCUAUUUAGCCUUAUGUGAACAUCAAAAACACUUCCUCUGAAGCUCAUUGAUAAAAUUUUAAUAAGUCUUUAAAAAAAACCCUUCAUAGCACAUAUGCCAAGUCAGGUGUAUGCCAACACAUAUACUAUAUAUUAACUGCAUUGCAAUUUACAAAUGCCCUGCCAAAUCUAGUAACAAUGGCAAACAUCCUACCUCCUAAAUAUAGAUCAUUGAAGAAAUGAGGCACAAAACAAAGUCUAAAGUCUUCCUCUGACAGGAUAGUGAGGUGUUGUGUACAGAUUUCAGCAAGCAUGUACAAUCACUGGCACUCGAGAAGCUGUGAGAAGUGAUGAUAAAGCUAACAGAUCCUCUGGAGCUUCCCUAAACCUGAAGAUUUCUGCUGAACCAAGAUGCAGAGGAGGCUUACGUCCUUUACUGCAGUGGACUGCAGUCUGUAUAGUAGUGGAUGACAGCACAAUCCACAUCCUCUCUGGAGUAUUUCUGAAUGCAGAAUACAUUAAAGUUAAAGUGGUUCAGUGUCUGCAGAGAGAUUCAGGUUUUUUUUUUGGGCUAGUUUUUUCUAUGCUACUCUCUUCUAGCGUAGAGAACAUGUAGACGUUUGGCCUUUAAAUGAACUAAUAUAGAGAGUGUUCUCUGGACAUGUACUGAUUGAUUGGUUGGCUGUGUGGAAGUGUUGAUUCAGAGCUAGAGCUGUCGCACUGCUACACCUAUUCUGUUCUUAGGUAAUAAACAGUGGAGCCUUGGCACACGGGUGGAGGUUUGUUGACUGAGAAAAUUGAUGGUCAUUAGGAAGCCACACACCCACCCCGAAUGCUUUCCUAUGACAGAAAAAAAAGGUCAUAAGACAUAAUAUUCUCAUACCAGACAGAGUGUGCAUAGGAGAAAAAUCCCUCGUUCCUCGCAAAUGCAACUCUGACAGCCAUCUAUGCACAUCUUACAUGACUCAAAAGAGCUGAGAACUUCUGUCAGCAGAUGGAAACAUAAAUAAGUUAGUAACUUAGGUCAUCCUUCAGACUUUUUUAUCAUAAAGAAUCUGUUUUCUGUUUAAUGGAGCUGCAUGCUUUAAUUGACAAACAUAAAUCAUUCAGGGGUAAAUUUGCACUGUAUGUACCUAUAAGGAGAUCUUUGUAACAGUACUUGAGAAUCGUUUUUGUCUUUUUGUAUAAUGCUAGUGCGAAGCUUAGCUUGUAGCUUAAGUGUAAGUGAUGGCGAUACAGUCAGGUUAGUAUUAUAAAGCAGCAGAGAGGGGCUCAUACAUUUGCAUGCCACACAGUGUUAAGUGCUAUGGUUGUGGACUGAGGACUAGACAACAUGUAGCAGAUGUCAUGUUCUUGUGGAAAGUGUCCUGUGCUAGUAACGUUAAAGGCUUUAGACUGAACAUUCAGACAUGCUGAAUAUGGAUUCUGUUGGUAGGACUGAUUUUUUUUUGUCAAUUUGUUUUAAAUUUUAAAGGGCUACCUGCUUUUUCUAAUAUGGAAACAAAUGUUGUCUUUUUAGUAGUUGUAAUGUUUCAUCAAUGAAAAAUUAAUAAACCCUUUCAAACGA